AUGUUAACUACAAGGAAGUGGGAAAAGCUAGGAUUAUUGCCUUAUUCGCAGAAAGUUGUCAAUCUUCAUUUACCUUCUUCACAAGUGAGCAAAGCUCUUACGGAUUUGCAAGCAAGAUGUAAAUCUUCCAAUAAAACUAUCCAAAUGGAAGCAUUAAAGUGCUGGGAUGAUUGGAUAAAAGAAAAUGACAUAAAGGAAUGGAAAAUACAUAAUUUCUGUCAGUUUGCCAUGGAGCCCCUUUUAACAAAAAAAUUACAUUCAUUACAUAAAGAUUCUGAUGUAUGUAAAUUAAAAUUAAACAUCAUGUGGAAUUUAAUGCACAAAGUUAAUAGUGAAAUGACAUUGGAAGGAUUGAAUUAUAUUUUAGAACUUUUUUUACAAUCUUGUUUUACAUGGUUGACAUCAAUUGAUAGUUUAGAUAAUAAGAUAACUAUUUACAUUCUCGAGCCUUUUUGGCAUAGAAUUUUUAAAAUUCUCAUUUUUGAAUUCUGUUCGGAAAAAAAUGAAAAUGUUAAAGACAAACUUUUGUAUCUUCAUGCUUGUGCCAUGAGAGUAAAUGCUGUUUUACUUCUUUCACAAUACAUAAGAGGUGAAACAUGUUUUAUGACACCCUGUGAAGCGAUGCUUAAAAAAAUGAUAGAAAUAUGUAAAAUUAAUUGCGAACAAGAAUGUUUUAACAUGGAUGAAUUCAUCAUUUGCGAAGAUAUAUGUAAAGUUCUUACUUUGAAAACUAUUUCAGUCUGUGAUUAUGAUCUCUGCAAUUAUUUACUAGAUUCUCUAGAAGAUUUCUCUUUGAAAUCAUUUUAUUGGGGCUCUUGGUGCGGUUUGGUGGAGUGUUACAAAAACACAUUAUCACAAUUAGAUAUUAAAAACUACAAUAAAAAAGAAAUGAAAUUUUAUAGAAAACUUAGAGCAACAUCAGUAAAUUUUGAAUUAGAUAAAUUAUAUCUUGAUGAUGCCUGCCAAAAAAAGGAAAUUGUUUAUAAAAAUAAAUUGAGAAAAACGGAAAGAAUAAAUGAAAGAAAAGAAAAUGGUGGAAAUUGUUUAUCCGAUAGAAGAGAAUUGAGAAGCAACGUGGAAUCACCUCCUAGCAGCCCCGUCAAAGCUCUUCAUCAUCAUAACUAUGCGAAAAUUUUAGAACCUUGUUGUAAACUUCUUCAAACUUCUAAUUUUACCGAUUGUUUUAAAAUAUUUCCGAAAAAAAUUAACCAAGAUCAUCAAAUUAAGAAAUCGAAUACCUCCGAAAUAAGCUCGACACCUGAUAACGCCUUUUCUAAACCUGACGAAUUAAUAACGAUAAGCGAACCGAAAACUGUAAACGAUGAUGUUUUACCAACUGUAGACGAUAUCGAUAAGGAAAACUUAUGCUUACCUGAUAAAGAUGAAGUGAAUAAUAUAAUUCUAAACGAAGGGAAUUUACCAGAAGUUACGGAAGAAUCGAAAGAGAAUAAUAAUAUUGUACCAGAUGAAAAUUUAGGAAAAAAGAGAAAAUUUCAACAAAAUGGCGACGGCGACGACGACGAUGACGAAUGUAAAAAUAAAAAAUUAAAAUUAAAUGUUGUAACCGUCGACGAAUUUUCAUCAAAAGAAAAUAUAAACGAUGAAAAACAAAAUUUAAUAGAAUCAAAAUCGAUAAGAGAAGAAUUAUCAUCAUCAUCAUCAUCAUCACCGAAAAACAAAAAUAAAAAUUUUUUAGUUAAUCGUAACAGGAAUUGUAGCAGAGCUUUCAGAAUGAUAUCAUUGAUACCAAAUUCGAAAAAUAAUAUCGAGGAAACGAAUUCGGAACAAGAUUUAAACGAUUCGUCGAUAAAAAAAGAUGGAAAAUGUACAAUGAAAAAAAAUAUUCAUUUGGAUAAAAAUUCAAGAGUGUCGAAAAUGUUGGCAAAUUUAAAUUCAAAUUACCUACCCCCCGUGGAUAAUAACGGUCGUUUAUCAAACGAAGAUGAAAUCAUUGGAGAAGACAUCGUUUCGAUAGACCCGUUGUCGUCAUCCUCGAUUUCUCCAUAUAAAAUUUCAUCGCCGAAAAAUGUUAAAAAAGUAAUUUUUUUUUCAUAA